UACUAUAAAAUGCAGAAACUAACAUAAGUAUUCAAAACAGCCAGAGUUGUUUAGAAGGGUACCUGGUAAAAUAGCCUGAGAGAAAGCAUAGUUUCCAUGGGGGAGGUUAGAACCAGUUCUAUGGAGGUGAGAUUCAAAAAACUGAGGGAAGCACCAGAAGCUCCAAAACAUAGCUCAAAACCAAAGAUCCAAAAGGUUCCCUUCAUGCUCCGCAAUCCCAAAACUUUCGAGAAGUUUUACGAGCCGAGGGCCGUAGCAAUAGGCCCUUUCCAUCAUGGCAAUCCAAGGUGCGAGCUGGCAGAGGACUUCAAGCUUAUGUUGACAAAAAGAUUUCUUGAUUACACUGAGCAAAAAGCUGAAGAUGUGCAUCAUAAGAUUGAGAAGAGGAUCAAAGAACUAAAGGACUGUUACACUGAGGAAGCGACACAGCGCUAUGAUGAUGAGGCCCUCGCUUGGAUGUUGUUCUUAGAUGGGUGUUCAACCUUACAAUUCAUACAGUCCUUUGUGGAUGAAGAGUUGGAAGAAUUGUCGAUCAAAAGGGACCAGAUAGCCUUUGCACAGCAGGACUUGUUCUUGCUAGAGAACCAAGUCCCUUAUCAAGUCCUCGAGCUGUUGAUGAGCUCAAGCAACAAACGCGGGGAGUUGAAGAACUCGAUCGAGACUUACGUUCAGGCGAACAUUGGUGCACCUGGAAAGAAGCACUCAAAAGAGCCGGAACAGAAGCAACCAAACGUAGCAAUAACCAUGGAAAAAGAGCCCGCUCAUCUUCUUGACCUUCUCCGAACAAAAAUGCUAGGUACAGAAAAAAAUUCCGAUAAUCGAUAUAAAGACCACUCCGUACAAUCUUUUCUCACUCAUCGUCUUGACCUUCUCCGAAUAAGAAUGCUAGUCCACCAAAAAAUUCCAAUAAGCAAGCUACAGAAGACUCCAUGCAAUCUUUUCGCAAUGUACAAGAGCUUAAUGCAGCCGGGAUCGAUUUUAGGGUUAGUGACAGUAGCUCUUUGGGGGACAUAUAUUUUAGGGUUAGUGACAGUAGCUCUUUGGGGGACAUACUUUCAAACAGUUUUUGAAAAUUAAAUUGUAAAAGCCUAGGGUUCCGCCGUCACCAUAACAAUCCUAUAUAGUUCUUUCAAUUACUUGUGAAUUACACAUGCAUGUUUUGAAGGUUAGGCUUU